AUGGUGGGUGUUGCUGGUGUUAGGCGUACCAGUCGUAACGCAAGGCCAAACAGGGCGAUACAUCCGAGUGGCCAUUCAGCUGUGGUGCGUGGUUUUGGGGACACGGGGUUGAGAUUGAGGGGCCAGCGUGUGGAGCGCUGCACCUGUGCAUCACGAGGACGACAGCGCUGUCACGAUGUGCCAGUCAUCACCUGCUAUCAGUCAAGCUGCUACAACGGGGGAACCUGUAAGGAGGCGGUCUACUCCUCUGACUACCUGUGCCAGUGUCCACCAGGCUUCACUGGGGCUCAGUGUGAGAUCAACACCACUGAGAAGUGUGUGGUGGGCCAGGGUAAAGGGUACCGUGGUACGUGGAGUAUCAGUCGGACCGGCUCAGAGUGUAUCAACUGGAACUCCACAGCCCUCAAAGGGAAGACGUUCACAGCUAAGAGACCAGAGGCGAACAGCCUGGGGCUGGGCAACCACAACUACUGCAGGAAUCCAAGCGAUGAUACUAAGCCAUGGUGUCAUGUCUACAAGGGAACCCAGAUAGCCUGGGAGUUCUGUACUCUCUCCAGCUGCCCUGCAGACCAGAGCCCAGUGGAGUGUGUUCAGGGCACAGGGCAGACGUACAGGGGGACGACGGCCAUCACUAAGAGGGGCUACAGCUGUCUCGCCUGGGACUCACCCCUCAUCACCCACAAGUUCUACAACGCAUGGAGGUCUGAGGCCAGAGAGCUGGGGCUGGGGAGUCACAACUUCUGCAGGAACCCAGAUGGUGAUCUCGGCCCCUGGUGUCACGUCUACAGAAACAUGAAGCUGACCUGGGAGCUCUGUAACAUCACCAAAUGCCGGAGGAGACCUACUACCAUCACUACUCUAGGCCCCAGGGCUCCCACCAACAACAACAACAACAGAGUUAAACCAGAGCGUCUGCAAGUGGUACUGGGUCAGACGUUUCGUAAGAACUCCUCCAGCAGUGACCAGAUCUUUGAGGUGGAUAAGUACUGGACCCACGAGAAAUACAACGAGGAAACCUUUGACAACGACAUUGUCUUGCUGAAGUUGAAGAGUGAUAUUGGCCUGUGUGCUGUGAACUCCCCGGAGGUCAUGCCCGCCUGUCUGCCUGACCCAGGCCUGGUACUGCCUGACUGGACCGAGUGUGAGAUCUCUGGUUACGGCAAAGAGAAGGAGUUUGAUGCGAUGCACUCUGAGCGGGUGAAGAGGGGUCACGUGAGGUUGUGGCCUCAGMACCGCUGUGUCCCUAAUGUCUUAUCUGGGCGUCUGGUCACCUCCAACAUGCUGUGUGCCGGGGACACCCGGGGUCUGGAUGAUGCCUGCAAGGGGGACUCUGGCGGUCCUCUCGUCUGUCCCAAUGAUGGGAAGAUGACUCUGAUGGGGCUGAUCAGCUGGGGUGAUGGCUGUGGGAAGAAAGACACGCCCGGGGUGUACACACGUGUUACACAAUACACUGACUGGAUCAGCAGCAAGAAACAGGAAACUAGCCAGUAAACAAACACACAAACACACACACAAA